GUUGGUUAACGCGGAAGGGUUCUGCCUUAUGAGGUCGUAGUGGUCCCAGGUCCCCAUACUUGAUGAGUUCCUGGUCCGCCUCUAACGCGCAGUCUGGCGAAAGCGUGUCCGUGUAGCCUCCAGGAAGCAUAUGCAUAUGGCGACCUUGUUCCAGCUGAGCGUAUGUGAGCUGACCCCGUCCCAUUACCGGUCUUGAUAAACCCGCCCGUCCUCACCAACAACAUAGUUGUACGUAAUAUCUGACAAACCAUUUUGAUGUAGAACGCAAAUGAAUAUGUAUUACAUGUUAUUAGCUCAAACAAAGUAUCUGUUUAAGUGUAAGAUUUCAAGUCAGGCUAAAUUCGUUCUGAAACAUUACUUUAUAUAUCAUAUAUUAAGAUGAAUCAUUAACUUGUCAUUCAAAUCAUGAGAAAAGUUUUAUCUCUUAAAAACAGAUUAUAUUUAGUUUGUAUUUCUUAGGGAAAAUUUAAUGUCAUGGCCGGUGAAUAUCGGAAAUAUUGUUAUUGCAGGACAUCCAAACACUGACCAUUGAGAAAAACACGCUCAAGAAUCAUAUUUCCAUGUUUGCAUUUCAUUAAAGGCAUAUAUAUGCCUUUUGAGUCCGUGUGAAAUCUUUGGAUGCAACGGACAUCCUUGACACUAGCGGGACGUGUGCUGUUACCUCGAACAACGGAGUGGUGUAUGAGCACAAUUUCAUUUGGUGUCCCAAGCGGCUCGAUUUCCUUAGCCGGCCGCGCCCCCAGCCGCUGCGGUUCGCCAGCCGCACUACCCCGCCUGUCACCAACAAGCAAAUAUUACAUAUCAAGAUAUACUAGUUUAUCAUACGAUAUCUCGAAUUAGUUCAUGCCAAAAACUUAAACAAUAAGAAAGAGGGAUAAUUAGCUAGUUUGUUACAGAGAGAGAGAGAGAGAGAGAGGGAGAGAGAGAGAACAUGACGGGUCAUCAAGCUUUUAACAUUCGGUUUAAUUAAGCUAUGAAAAAUCAACCGGUUAUAGCUUUGUCAUUGAAAUGGAAUUUCGUCCCAUGUACACGUCAACCUUUAUUGAAUGGUGAUCUAAUAUGUAUUUAUAGGCACAGUUUUAAUGUUUUCAUUGAGAUCACACCAUUCCUUACGAAAACCAUUGGUUCAUCACGUGCUUGUCACCGGUCUCGAUACCGCAUAUAAUUAAAAAUUACUUAACUAUAUUAAUAAACCUGUACACACUUGGCGAACUAUUUGUUAUUUAAAGUGCUUCGUUUUUAGAUUAUUUAUAAAUUGUAUUCCUGCGCUACCAAUUGGUGUACAUUUUAACUAUAUAUUAAGUUUCAAGUAUCGAUCGAAAUGCGAGGCCAUAUUGAGCCACGGUUCGUCUUCUUUUAGUUACGGCAAUGGCGAAUAUUCAGGACAUAUGGAACAACGGAGACUUUAAUAACUUCGUGGUUAUGUUAAGGAAUGUUCCCAAGUUGAUCGUGCUGACGUUUGGUAUACUUGCAGCAAUUUCGUCCUUGUACAAUGAAGUGGGAACACGAGCGAGGAGGGCGCUACCUGCCCACCAUCCGGAAUACGGAGUCAUGCAAAGGGUUGAUCACGUUAUCUACUGUGAUAACGCUACCAUGGUGACACGUGAAAAAUGGGGUGCACGGCCACCUAAACAGGUCGACAGAAUGGAGACCCCGGUUAGGGUCGUCUUCAUCCACCAUGCAGCCUCCGGCGAAUGUUUUACGGAGGAGACAUGCGCUAAAGAGGCGAGCUCGCUUCAAGACUAUCAUAUGAAAAAAGAGGUUGGGCUGACAUUGGGUAUAGUUUUAUGGUCGGCGAAGAUGGUAAUGUGUACGAGAGCCGAGGCUGGGACCGGGUUGGCGCGCACACACUAGGUUGGAACAAUGUGUCCAUCUCUAUAUGUUUCAUGGGGGACUACAGUGACAAACUCCCGACAUCAGAGGCGUUGAUGGCAGCAAAAGCGUUGAUCAAGUGUGGAGUAGACCUAGGAAAAGUGACUUCAGACUAUAAACUAUGUGGCCAUAGGGAUGUCAGAGCAACGGAAGGGCCAGGAGAGAGACUUUACCGAGAAAUAAAGACCUGGGAUCAUUAUGACUGCUAAAAGCCAGUGAAACCGAGCCAUGACUACAUGAAACUUUGAGCAGACUGAAAACGCCGCAGAAUUCAUCUCAGAAUGACAGUUCGAGGCCAAGUAAUUCUCAAACCCAUGAAGGCAGUGUACAUGAAUAAUGGUUGAUCUUGUUUAUUUUUUUUGGCAGUGUUUUCUAUCAAUAAAUGUUGAAUGAC